AUGACCUUGACUGGGCGAGCCUACGCGCUCGCGUCCUAUGCUGGAUCGUUCGCAUGGCCGCCACUGCUCUCGUUUUCCCGAGGAGCCAUUCUUACCUUGCUUCGCAACAUCCAAGUGGGAUCGCUCCACAUCACAGACACCGACGGAUCGAUCACGAUAUGUGGGAGUGUGAAUCGCGUAGCGGACCAUCUCGACAAUGGCGAAAGCGAGAAAUCCGUCUACUCCGUACCACACGCCGAGCUCAAAGUUCUCAAUGAUCUCUUCUGGGUCCGCCUGCUCCUCUUCGCAGACAUGGGCUUCGCAGAAUCGUACAUGCUGGGAGAAGUCUCUUGUCCCGACCUCACAGCCUUCUUCAAGCUCUUCAUCGUCAACAAAGCGCACCUGAGCAACGGCACCACCGCUUCCUCCAACGUGGCCGGCAAGGUCUCGUACCUCCUCCGCAAGACAAACACCCUCCAGAACGCUCGCCUCAACAUCUCCGCGCACUACGACAUCUCCAACGACAUGUUCGCCGCCUUCCUCAGCCCCGACAUGACCUACAGCUGUCCCAUCUGGCUCCCCAAAUCCGACCCGCAGGCCUCGCAGGAGACGUUGGAGGGCGCACAAUCCCGCAAGCUGAACCGCUUCAUCCAGAACGCACACAUCAAGGGCACAGAUCACGUCCUCGAGAUCGGCACGGGCUGGGGCAGUUUCGCCAUUUUGGCGGUGGAAAAGACGGGCUGUCGCGUCACCUCCCUCACCCUGUCCGCGGAGCAGAAGAAACUGGCCGAAGACCGCAUCGCCGCCGCGGGCUACCAGGACAAGAUCCGAGUCCUCCUCUGCGACUACCGCAGCCUCCCGAUCCCCAGCGAAGAAGGCGAGAAAUACGACAAGAUCGUCUCGAUCGAAAUGCUCGAGGCGGUCGGGGCGGAAUUUCUGGAAACGUACUUCCGCUGCGUCGACCGGCUGCUGAAGCGCGAGGGCGGCAUUGCCGUUUUCCAAUGCAUCACCAUCCCCGAGAGUCGGUAUGCCGUCUACGCCACCACGGACGACUUCAUCCGCCGCUACAUCUUCCCCGGCGGCCACCUGCCCACCACCACGCAACUCCUCGCCGCCAUCCGCUCCGGCUCCUCGGAUCCCAAAAAGCACAUCGAACCGCGCCUCAUCCCCGAAAGCGUCGAAAACAUCGGACCCCACUAUUCCAAGACUUUGAGACUAUGGCGGCAGAGUUUCAUGCAGCAUUUCGCGCUCAAGAUCAAGCCGGCGCUGCUGAGCGAGUUCCGCAAGCGCGAGGGGAAGCGCAUGUCCGAGGAGGAGGUGGAGGUGUUCCGGCGGAAAUGGGAGUAUUAUUUUGCGUAUUGCGAGGCCGGGUUUCAGACCAAGACGCUGGGGGAUGUGAUUGUUACGGUGGGCAGGGAGGGGGCCGUGGAGAUGAUGGAGGAUGUGCCGUUGUAA